AGUCAUAAACUUCAACACCUUCAUCAUCUAGAGAUCAUGGUUGACGCUAAAUCUGUUAAGGAAGCUAACCGAAAGGCUUUCCUCGAUGUAUUCCCCGAAUUGGCCAACGAAGUCCUCGAUGAGCUUCGCAAAUACAACAUGCCCGAGGAUGCUUACGAAUGGACUAAGCAGAACUUGGAGUACAACGUUCCCGGAGGAAAACUCAACCGCGGUCUGUCUGUUGUCGACACUCUUUACAUUCUCAAGGGUGAUGCUGCCACUGAGGAAGAGCUUCACAAGGCUAGAAUUUUGGGCUGGCUCGUUGAGUUCUUGCAAGCCUACUUCCUUGUUGCUGACGAUAUGAUGGAUGCCUCUAUCACUCGUCGCGGUCAACCCUGCUGGUACCGCAAGGACGGUGUCGGAACCAUCGCCAUCAACGACUCUUUCAUUUUGGAAUCCUGCAUUUUCCUCUUCUUGAAGAAGUACUUCAAGGGCACCAGCUACUACAUUGAUCUGGUUGAACUCUUCCAUGAUGUCAGCUUCCAGACUCAGUUGGGUCAGCUUUGCGACUUGAUCACUGCUCCUGAGGACAAGGUCGAUCUCAGCAAGUUCUCUCCCCAAAAGCAUCAGUUCAUUGUCAUCUACAAGACUGCUUACUACUCCUUCUACCUUCCCGUCGUCCUUGCUUUGCACAUGGCUGGCGUCCACAGUGAGGAAGCCUUCAAGCAAUGCCACGAUAUCUUGAUUCCUCUCGGCGAGUACUUCCAGGUUCAGGAUGACUACCUUGAUUGCUAUGGUGACCCUGCCUUCAUUGGCAAGAUCGGCACUGAUAUCCAAGAUAACAAGUGCUCAUGGCUCAUCAACCAGGCUCUCGUCAUCGCCAGCCCUGAACAGCGCAAGGUUCUUGAUGAAAACUAUGGCAAGAAGGAUGCUGAGGCUGAAGCUAAGGUUAAGCAAUUGUAUUUGGACUUGAACAUUGAACAAAUCUACAAGAACUAUGAAAACAAGAGCUACACUGAAUUGAGAACUUUGAUUGACCAAGUUGAUGAAUCCACCGGUGUCAAGAAGCAGGUGUUCAUUGAGUUCAUGGACAAGAUCUACAAGAGAACCAAAUAAACUAGAGUGCUGCAAGCAAUUUAAAAAUUAAGCUUUAUCUAGCUGAUAUCAUUCACUUUGACCUUUCUGUACGGUAGCUCUAAUAUAAAAUAAAAUAAAAUCAAACCGAAGUUGUGUGCAUGAGAAGGAUGUAGAAGGUCGCUAUUCUUCGGCAGCCCGCCAGCCGAAAGCGAGAUCCAAACUCCGUCCAGGCCAAAUGUUUUUAGCUGUAA